AUGUCAUCUGGUCGUGUAUAUAACUUCUCUGCUGGUCCAGCUGCAGUUCCACUUGAGUGCCUCGAGCGCGCUGCUGCUGAAAUGACAAACUGGCGUAACUCUGGCAUGUCAGUUAUCGAAGUUUCCCAUCGUGGAAAGCACUGGAUGGAAGAGCAAAAGGAAGCCGGCGAACGUCUUCGCUCCCUCCUUCAGGUUCCAGAGAACUUCCAUAUUCUCUUCGUUGCAGGCGGUUCUUCCCUCCAAUUCUCUGCCAUUCCAUUCAACUUCAUCGGUGACCACAAGCGUGUUGACUACCUCUGCACAGGCACAUGGUCAAAGAAGGCUUUCGACGAAGCUAAGCGCCUUGGCUUCCCAGGCGUUGAAGUCCGUUCUGUUGCCGGAAAUCCACCAGCCAAUCCAAUUGAGGUUCCAGCCCGCGAUACAUGGGAUGUUUCUGCUGAUGCUGCUUACUUCUACUAUUGCGAUAACGAGACAAUCCAAGGCAUUGAGUUCCCAUCAUUCCCAGAUGUCCCAGCUCCACUUGUUAUCGAUAUGUCAUCCAACUUCCUUUCCCGCCCAAUCACACAGUGGGAAAAGGUCGGCUGCAUUUUCGCUUGCGCUCAAAAGAACUUCGGUCUCUCUGGCAUGAGUGUUGUCAUCAUCCGCAAGGACAUGCUCGAACGCCCAGUCAAGCCAUUCUGCCCAAUUACAAUGGAUUACAGAAUCCAAGUUAAGAACGACUGCAUGUACAACACACCACCAACAUUCGCAAUCUACUUCGCUAACCAUGUCUUCAAGUGGAUCGAGGAGAAGGGUGGCGUAGCCGCUAUGGAUGCUUUCAGCAAGGAAAAGGCUAAGAAGGUCUACGAAGCUAUCGAUUCAAAUCCAAACUUCGUCAACCGUAUCAAACCAGAGUGGCGCUCCCGCAUGAACAUGCCAUUCUUCCGCCCAGACGGCUACGAGAACAAGAAUAUUGAGGCUGACCUCAAGUUCGUCAAUUUCUGCACACAGAGAAAGCUCCUUACACUCAAGGGACACCAGUCUGUUGGCGGUUUCCGUGCUUCUUGCUACAACGCUUGCCCAAUGGAGGCUGUUGACGCUCUCGUUCAGGCUAUGAAGGAAUGGCCAGGAUUCUAA